GGUGCGUUUGUGCGCGGGACUCCUCAGAGGGGCGGGGUGUCACGUGACUUGUCGCAGUUGUGAUUCAUCAGAGGCGCAGAUUCUGCUCCGGCGUCACGAUGAUGUCACCGGUGAAGGUGGAGCCUGUGGUGAAUCUUCACGCUCUGGUUGGAGAAGGACCAGUGUGGGAGGAGUCAGAGCAGACGCUGCUGUUUGUCGACAUCAUGGGAAAAAAGAUCCACCGCUGGAACCCCACGACCAAUCAGAUCACUUCCUGCAGCACAGAUGCCCCGGUGGGUUUCGCGGUCCCGGCGCGAGGGGGCGGGUACGUGGCGGGAGUUGGCCGCACUUUCUCGGCUGUUGAUUGGUCAACGGGGGCGGUGACAUCACUGGUUACCGUGGAUGACGACAAACCACAAAACCGCCUCAACGACGGGAAAGUGGAUCCAGCAGGACGACUGUUCGCAGGGACCAUGGGUCUGGAGCAGAGUCCAGGUGAGGUCCAGAGGAAACAGGGAUCUCUGUUUUCUGUGGACUCAGAUCUGACCCUGAUCCAGCACCUGGACCAGGUCGACAUCUCAAACGGUCUGGACUGGUCGUCUGACGGGAAGCUCUUCUUUUACGUCGACAGUCUGAAGAAAACACUCGACGUUUUCGAUUACGACGUCGCCACGGGCCGCAUGGGUACGUCUCCACGGCGACAGCUCGUCCAAUCAGCUGUCUGCGUGACUCAGUUUGAUUCUCGUCGUGUGGUGUUCGAGCUGAAGGACGAGGAGGGGCUUCCAGACGGACUCACCCUCGACGCAGACGGAAAAAUCUGGAUCUGCUGCUACAACGGAUGGAGAGUCAUACAAGUCGAUCCACACACAGGCGUGCGUCUCCAGACCGUGGCACUUCCCGUCUCCAAAACCACAUCCUGUUGUUUCGGGGGGCCUCACUACAGUGACCUCUACGUAACCUCUGCGUCUCUGGGCCUCAGCCAAUCGGAUCUCCGCGUUCAGACGUUCGCCGGUGCCACCUUCAGGAUCUCUGGACUCGGGGUGAAAGGUCGCCCCCCGGUGGAGUUUGGAGGAAAUGUCCUGAAGAAGAACUAGAUUUAAUCAGACGUUUCUUUCACUCAUCACUGGAUCAGUAUUAAAGUUUUACUAAAAUAAUUAAAGAUAAUGUUUUCAUAAACUCUUUUAUGACAUGUGGAGCUCCCCCUGGUGGACAAACAUUAAACAUUGCCUUAGAAUUACAUUUCAUUUCAUUUUUAUUUAAUUUUACAUUCCUAAUCUAUGACUGAAAAUAGUAAUAAUAAAGUUUUUAGAUUUUUCUGA